GCCCCAGUCUGGAGUGGCCUAAGAAAUUGUGAGCACCUCUGGUGACAUGGAGGUGGCCCCUUCCCUGUAGUCAAUAAAAUGCAUAGAGUGACCCCCACCCACCAAAAAAAAAAACCAAAACUCUAACCUUAGUACACAAAGUAGUAUGAAUACAGGAGAGAAUCCUAAAAAUGAAUGUGAGAGUGCUCUUAACCAGUCCUCCAAUGUUGAUGAUCAACAGAGAAUUCAUGUGGGAAAAAACCCAUUCAGGUGUAAUCAACCUGGGAACAUGUUUUGUCAAGCACCAAGGCUAAGUACACAUAAGACAGUUCAUAGUGGAGAGAAUAGUGACAUUUGUAAGGAAUGUGGCAAAGAUUUUGACUUGAACUCAGUACUACCUCAAUGUCAUGGAAUGCGUACUGGGGAGAAACUGUACAAAUGUGAAAAAUGUGGUGAAACCUUUAAGGUCUCCUUAUCCCUAAAUAGACAUAGGCUAAUGCAUACUGGAGACAAACUUUACAAAUGUGAAGAAUGUGGCAAGGCUUACAAGGACUCAAACCUUACUCAACAUCACAUAAUUCAUUUUGGCAAGAAACAACACAAAUGUGAGGAAUGUGGCAAGACCUUUAAGACGUGUUCAUAUCUUACUCAACAUUACAAAAUUCUCACUGGAGAGAAAACUUACAAAUGUAGGGAAUGUGGCAAGGCCUUUUACACUCAUUCAGGUCUUAUUCAACAUCACAGAAUUCGUACUGGAGAGAAACCACACAAAUGUAAAAUAUGUGGCACGGCCUUUACACAGCCCUGGAACUUUAUUCAACAUCAAAGAAUUCAUACUGACAAACCUCACGAAUGUGAGGAAUGUGAUAAGACCUAUCAGAGGCGUUCACAUCUUCCUGUACAUCACAGAAUUCACACUGGAGAGAAACCUUACAAAUGUACAGAAUGUGGCAAGGCCUUUAGACAUGGCUCUACCCUUACUCAGCAUCAUAGAAUUCACACAGGAGAGAAACCUUACAAAUGUAAAGAAUGUGGCAGGGCCUUCACACAUCACUGGAGCCUUACUCAACAUCACAGAAUUCAUACUGGCAAGAUACGUCACAAAUGUGAGGAAUGUGACAAGACCUUACUAGUCAUUCAUCUCUUACUAAACAUCAGAAUUCACACUGGAGAGAAACCUUACAAAUGUAAAGAAUGUGGCAAGGCCUUUAACACUCAUGCAAGUUGUAUUCAACAUCACAGAAUUCAUACUGGAGAGAAACCUUUCAAAUGUGAGGAAUGUGGCAAGGCCUUUAACCAGAACUCAAGUCUUACUCGACAUCAUAGACUUCAUACUGGAGAGAAGCCUUACCAAAGUAAAGAAUGUGGUCGAGCAUUUCCCAGCACUCACACCUUACUAGUCAUCACAGAAUUCACACUAGAGAAAAACCUUAACAAAUGUAAAGAAUGUGGUGAGGGCUUUAAUCACUGUUGA